AUGCCCCUGACUGUCAAGCUGUAUGCAAACGGCUGUAAUCAAUUUUGCCAAAAUCUGGACAUUAUAUUGUUCCAUGCUAUGACGCCUGUAUCGCCAUCCAAGUCUCUCCCACUCAGCCCUGAGAAAGACGCCAGUGUCAAGUCAUUGCCGUCCAAGGCCAAGUCCCCCAAUCACCGACCUUCUCCGCGUAAAGAGGUUUCUCUGGCCAGAGAGCAUGAGGAGAUUGACUGGCUGAAGGGCAUGCGACUACAGCGACAACCAACUCCGCAACCCGAACGGGAUCCUGAGGGGAAUCCAACAAAAUCGCCUGAUGGAGGAGUUCUGCCACCCAUUGCGGAAGAGCUUUGUAAUGAGGAUAGCCCGCUAACACCCAUGGCAGAAGAAUUUGUGCUACCUGUUGUGGAAGAACCUAUCGUAGAGAACCCUUUAGCACCCAUCAUCGUGGAAGAGUUAUUUGAACCUGCACCUCCUGUGAGGACAGCAGUAAAGGCGAAGAGAGCUCGAGGUCGCCUCAAGAAGACCGCGCAAGCUGGUAACGAGCAAUCCAAAGAGACGGGAGGAAGUAUAAAACAGAAAAGUCCGGAUUCUGGCCAUUCAAAGGAGCUGACUACAAAGCGUAUCAAGCACAAUGCCGAGCUGCCUAUCCAUCCAAGACGUAGCGCAAGACGAGAAGAAAUGGCGAAGCCCAAGGAACCAAGCAAGACUGUCAAUUACACGCAAUGCAAAGGGGCUAGAGGAUGGGUAUAUGUUGAUGAGUAG